CCACGGUCAAAUACAAUCUGGUAAUUUGAAAAUUCAAAUUUUAGAAACGUAUGUUGGAAACUUUUCAUUAUUUCUAAUGACAAGGUUACUAGAAGGGUUAUAGUUCAUGAAUGUGGUAAUAAACCAAAACUUAGUUUUCUUUUUGCCUAUACUCUUCUCAUUAAGCAUAUGUAUUUUGCCCCUUUGCUUGUAUUUAUGACAUAGACUUACCUGCAAUCUUACUUUGAGGGCAUAGGUCUGAUCCAUAGGAUUAUUUCAUCUCACAAAGAUCUAAGAAGAAAAUAACAGAUUCUAGACCUCUGACAUCAACCUGAUCUAAAUGCUCCAUACAGGCAUAGUUUAGAAAGAGCUACUGAAUUUAAGUUAGUAAAAGUUGAAGAAAAACUAUGCAUAAAAUGGACAAGAGUUCUUGCCAGAGUAGCAGACAUAGGACAGCAAUAAAUCAGUAAGUGUUUACAGCACAGGAUCACUUUAUUCUGGCUUUGUGCCAUUUAUAGACACUAAAACCCGGAAAGAGCAGAAAUCCCUUUGAACUUAUAUUUGCAAAACUUUGUGUCCAUUCUUUUAUCUUCUGAGUUUCCUUUAUUUCUCUUUAUUUCCUCAUGCCACCAUCUAUCCUCUCUUGGGUACAGAAUCGGCUCAGGUAUCUGUUUGAGUGGCCCUGAUUUACAUGUGGUAGCUUGCUUACCCAGAGAAAGGUAUGGAGGAUUGAAUUGGAUGCAGUUUGGCUGUAGCUCAAUAGAGGGAGUAGAGGAGCUGAGAGGGAAGCAAGAGCAAAAGAACGUGUCUGGUUAAGUAAGUGUGCGCGCACCCAAGCCCGUGCCCUAGCCUGCCAGGAGGAGGAGGGGCCAGAGGGGGUGGUGGUUGCCUCUGGCUGCUCCACCCUCACUUUGUGUCAGCAGGUAGAGAGCGUGAUUGCAGUCCCAGGGGAGGGAGUCAGAGCUAGAACACCAAUUACAAACCACAGGCUUCCUCCUCUUGGGAGCUGAUCCAGAAUUGUCUUUCUGGAAGGGAAGCACUCGAAUCCUUCCGAACUUUCCAAGUCCAUCCAUGAUUCAGAGAUAUUGCCUUCUCCCCUUGGGAUUUUCUGUGUUCCUGGUAGUGAAGUGUUGCUGAUGUAUUUGCUACUUUGCUUCUUUUCUCUUUCAAGAUUUGAUCAUUUUAUAUGCUGUUCGGGGAGAAAAAGAACUUUUGUUAGAAAGGAAAUUUCAGAAAUGAGUUUGGAUCCUCUAUAAGUGUGUUUAGAGUUCUUGGGGACAGUAGCUCUAACCUUGGAGUAAGUUUCUGCCUUUGACCUGCAUGGAUUAUUUUUUCAGGCUGCGGAAUUUCUCGGCACCUACCUGCAGUGUGGGGUUCUUGGUUUGGUUGCAGAGUAAGAAGGUGGAAGAAUGAGCUGUACUUGGUUAAGCAGUUGAAACCUUUUUUGAGCAGGAUCUAUAAAAGCAUAAUUGAAUUUGUUUCACCCCCGUGGAUUCCAGUGGGCCCGGCAGCGCAACAGGACUAUCUCUUCAUUUUCUGAGCUGGAGUUUUCCACUCGCACCUUCGAUGCACGGCCUUAGUCGUCUACUUUGCCUUGUUUUGUUCGUUAACAUUGGGUUUAGUGGCUGGGCAACUUGAUGCAUAUGGAAGACCAGCGCCAAGUGAUCUGACAUAAUAAAAAUUCACGUUGUGACAUUCAACCUCAAGCAAAGUUGGAAAUUCCAUGGUGAAGUGGUGGUAUCUUUACUAAUCAUAGUGAAGAUGGGAGAAAAUGACAUACCUGCAGCAGAAGUGGGCUGAAAACCCUCUCUUCCCUGCCAGAUCAGGAAUGCCACCUGUUCUUGGGAAUAUACUUUAGAGAAAGGAAGGGCCAAAACUAUGACUUGGCUUUCUGAAACUGAAGCAUAAAUUCUCUUUUCCUCCAUUUGUCUGGAUCUGAGAACCUGCGUUUGGUAUUAGCUAGUGGAAGCAGUAUGUAUGGCCGAAGUGCAUUGCUGCAGCUGGUAGCAUGAGUGUUGGCCACCAGCUGCAGCUGGCUGCCCUCUGGCCCUGGCUGCUGAUGGCUACCCUGCAGGCAGGCUUUGGACACACAGGACUGGUACUGGCAGCAGCGGUGGAGUCUGAAAGAUCAGCAGAGCAGAAAGCUAUUAUCAGAGUGAUCCCCUUGAAAAUGGACCCCACAGGAAAACUGAAUCUCACUUUGGAAGGUGUGUUUGCUGGUGUUGCUGAAAUAACUCCAGCAGAAGGAAAAUUAAUGCAGUCCCACCCCCUGUACCUGUGCAACGCCAGUGAUGACGACAAUCUGGAGCCUGGAUUCAUCAGCAUUGUCAAGCUGGAGAGUCCCCAGCGGGCUCCCCGCCCCUGCCUGUCACUGGCCAGCAAGGCCCGGAUGGCAGGUGAGCGAGGAGCCAGUGCUGUCCUCUUUGACAUUACUGAGGACCGAGCUGCUGCUGAGCAGCUGCAGCAGCCACUGGGGCUGACUUGGCCAGUGGUGUUGAUCUGGGGUAAUGAUGCUGAGAAGCUGAUGGAGUUUGUGUACAAGAACCGAAAGGCCCAUGUGAGGAUUGAGCUGAAAGAGCCCCCAACCUGGCCAGAUUAUGAUGUGUGGAUCCUCCUGACUGUGGUGGGCACCAUCUUUGUGGUCAUCUUGGCUUCGGUGCUCCGCAUCCGAUGUCGCCCCCGCCACAGCCGGCCGGAUCCCCUUCAGCAGCGAACAGCCUGGGCCAUCAGCCAGCUGGCCACCAGGAGGUACCGAGCCAACUGCAGGAGGGCCCGGGCUGAGUGGCCAGACUCAGGUAGCAGCUGCAGUUCAGCCCCUGUGUGUGCCAUCUGCCUGGAGGAGUUCUCCGAGGGCCAGGAGCUCCGAGUCAUUUCCUGCCUCCAUGAGUUCCACCGAGCCUGUGUGGACCCUUGGCUCCAGCAGCACCGGACUUGCCCCCUCUGCAUGUUCAACAUCGUAGAGGGAGAUUCGUUUUCCCAAUCCCUGGGACCCUCUCGAUCUUACCAGGAACCAGGCCGGAGACUCCACCUUAUCCGCCAGCAUCCUGGCCAUGCCCACUACCACCUCCCUGCUGCCUACCUGUUGGGCCCUUCCCGGAGUGCAGUGGCUCAGCCCCCACGACCUGCUCCCUUCCUACCAUCCCAGGAGCCAGGCACGGGCCCUCGGCACCACCGCCUCCCCAGAGCUGCACAUCCCCGGGCUCCAGGCGAACAGCAGCACCUGGCAGUGGCCCAGCACCCCUAUGCACAGGGCUGGGGGCUGAGCCGCCUCCGAUGCACCUCGCAGCACCCUCCUGCUUGCCCAGCGCCCCCACGCCGGGCCAGGCCUCAUGACAGCAGCGGGUCUGGAGAGAGCUACUGCACAGAACGCAGCGGCUACCUGGCAGACGGGCCAGCCAGUGACUCCAGUUCGGGGCCCUGUCACGGCUCUUCAAGUGACUCAGUGGUCAACUGCACAGACAUCAGCCUGCAGGGCAUCCACGGCAGCAGUUCUACCUUCCGCAGCUCCCUGAGCAGUGACUUUGACCCCUUGGUAUACUGCAGCCCUGAAGGAGAGCCCCGGGGGGAGGAGACUCAGCCUGGUGUGACCUCUCGGCCCCGUUCUUUGGACUCAGUGGUGCCCACAGGGGAAACCCAGGUUUCCAGCCACGUUCAUUACCACCGCCACCGGCACCACCACUACAAAAAGCGCUUCCAGUGGCAUGGCAGGAAGCCUGGCCCAGAAACUGGGGUCCCCCAGUCCAGGCCUGCUGUUCCCCGGACACAGCCCCAGCCAGAGCUGCCUUCUCCUGCUGAUCAACCUGCCCGAUCCAACCCAGCAGCACCUUCAGGGGAGCUCCCCAACACACAGCGGCUCAGAGCCCUCACAGAGCCAGCCCCGGGCCCAGCUGACACCUCCAGCCCCAGCUCCAGUCCCAGAGGCCUCUUCCACUUGCAGAAAUCCAGCCUCCCUGUCCGACACUCACAGAGGAGACGACGAGGGGGUCCCUCAGAGCCCACCCCAGCCUCUCGCCCUCAGGACUUGACUGCACACCCACCGUGCCAUAUUUUUCCCCAUUAUGGCCCCAGCCUGGCAUACCCAUGGUCCCCAGAGGCCCAUCCAUUGAUCUUCGGACCUCCAGGCCUGGACAGGAGGCUGCUACCAGAACCCCCAGGCCCCUGUUACCCAAGUUCACAGCCAGUGUGGUUGUGUUUGACUCCACGCCAGCCCCUGGGACCACAGCCACCUGGGGAGGGGCCUUCCGAAUGGAGUUCUGGCACCCCAGAGGGCAGGCCAUGCCCUUACCCACACUGCCAGGUGCUGCCAGCCCAGCCUGGCUCAGAGGAGGAGCUUGAGGAGCUGUGUGAACAGGCCGUGUGAGAUGUUCAGGCCUAGCUCCAACCAAGAGUGUGCUCCGGAUGACUCAGGGCCCUACCUGGCACAGAGUCCUGCUCCUGAGAGAAGAAAGGACCUCAGAAAACACCCCUCUCUUUGCUGUACUUCCUGGAACCACUGGAAGAAGAGUGGUGAUGGUGGGUGGCAGGAGGUGUUGUUUCCUGCUGCCAGCUCCAGAUCUUGUCUGCAGAACACAUCUGCAGUGCAGCAAGUCUGUGUCCAGCCAGGCAACCAGCUGCUGCCUGUGUGGACUGGCUCCCUUGAAGGCUGUUUUUUGAGAGCAGAAAGCUAGGAAUGGGUAGAUAGGUGUUAUAAUGGUGCUGCUCCUACCCUCAGCCCCAGCAGGUCUCCCUCAUCCCAAGCCUCAUGUUCAUACCAGCCAGUGGGUCCAGCUGAAUGCAUGCAUCUCCUUCCUUGGGUGAGUGCUGCACGCCAGCUUUGGCUUCUCCCAGGUAAGGCUGCUGCAUCAGCAGCAACCCUGGCUCUUACCAUUUUCCUUCUCUCCAAAAGGAUCAGGAGCAUUGGCGAGCCCUGAGCCCUAAAAAGCAGAGCUCUGCAGCUUCUCCAGGCAAUGUCUGCCCUGGUGCAUAAGGGAGGAUGUUUUUUCCCUUCUUGUCCUUAAUUGUCUGAUUCACUAUAUUAGGUCAGAGGGGAGGCUUUAGGAAGCCAGGGUGUGGAGUUCUGUCCCCAAGGUGGUACAGCACCUUGAAGAACCUGGGAUGAAGCCUCUGAUUUCCAAACUCCCUUGUCACUCCAGGAGCCCCAGUUCCUCUAGGGGCUGGCGCUGGUGAUAGGGAGAGGGAAUAACUCUUCCUUGGAGAUCUCCUAUCUCAAAGUCUCAAAGUAGGCGGAAAGAAGAUUUCUGCUAGACUUCAUCUAGGAAGAGGGAGGAUGGAAUGAAGGUAGAAAAGGUAGAAUUAGAGCUGAACAAGGACAACAGGGAAUUCUUCUCUGGGAGUUUUCUCUCACAGCAGGACGGGGAACAGGGGGAGAGCAAAGGAAAAGCAAAGUGGGACCCUUGGGGUUAGAUGGCCCAGAGGCCCAGCCUCCUAAUAGAAGCCAUACAGGUCAGGGUAAGCCAUGCGAGAGUGGAGUUGCAGCAGGAAGUCUGGCCUGGGCAGCUGGUACCAAGUGGGCAAGGGCUGAGGGGUUUCCUUAGGGUGACAUUCACCCCAGGGCAGCUUGACCAUUGCUGGCCCCUCUAGCAUUAUCCCAUUUGGAAUGUGAAUGUGGGAGCAAAGUGGUCAUAGGACCCCACCUGGGAAUCUUCUUCCCUCAAAGUAAGUGGGGAACUAGCACCUAGGCACCCACAUGGGUAUUUAUAUCUGAACCAGACAGAAAGAUGCUUGAAUCAGGCACUAUGUUGAGAAAUGUAUUUAUUUGCUAAUAUAUUUAUCCACAAAUGAAGUCUGGUCUCGUGUUUUUGUUCUGUCACAACUGUCACUCAGGGUAAUGACUUCAUCUUCUGCAUCAACAGAAAUAAAUUACAUCUGAUAUCAGAGGCUAAGCUCUGAUUUAUGAAAAGAUAGGGUAGAGUGGUGGGCUUGGCAACAAGAAUGGGUUUGUAAGCCCCUAAAAGCAUGGUUUAGUGAGAUCAGGGGAGGAGAAAACAUGGCUGGAUUCUCACUGUGGUUCAGUUGUUUUCUACAUUAUUGCUGUACUCUUUACUUCCCGCUCUAAUUUAUGAUGUUUCAGUGACUUUCUUUGUGGCCCUGGGUAAAUAUUCUGUGCUUCAUUUUUUUCCACCCAUAAAAUGGGCUUACUUCGCAGUGGUUGCAGAGCUCCACUGAGAUAACAUAAAGGAAAGUAUUCAGUGCCAGAGAACAUCCCAACCCCAGUCACAGAGCCCAUCUGAACACAGCAUGAGACAUGCACAAGACAGGCCCGCCUUGAAGUAGCUCAGUCUCAAUUAGGCCUGUUUGGGAGGGUGGAACAGCAGGGCCUGAAACUAUUUAUAUCUCAAAGCUUCAGUUCAGAUAAACACAAAUGACUGUGCUCUGCCUACACGCGGGACCUCGGAAGAUCAAGAGAGCCGGUGCCGGGCGUAGGAAGAAUUCCGCGGGGCCCGGGGAGGCCUUGCUUUCAUCCUCCCAAAGCCCUCCCCGCUCCGCCUCUCCGGGAAAGGGCUGGCAGGGGUAGUGGUGGUCUGCUGCCCAAUUCUGAACCAGAGAGCGACAUUUAGCUUCCUAUAGGGUGAAAUUAAAAAAAAAAAAAUCAAAAGGACGCAAUCUCCUACAGAUGUUCUGAAGUAAAGGAGCUGUGUCUAAAUGCUAAAAGCUGCACAAAGCGUAAAUUAUCGGCUGGAACGAGGAAACGUACGUAAAGAGUUUUAAAAAAUAAUUAAGCAGGCAUUUUUCCGCCGUGCGUUCACGGCCGGCAUUCCUGCGGACGGCCAAUGGAAACCCUAUCAAGCCCUCGCCGUCAGGAAGGAGGCGGGGCUGUCCCCGGCUUUCUUUCCGUCUCUGCAGAGAUAAUCCAGAGGGAGACAGUGGACUCUCUGGCCCCGCGCUUUUACAACGGGCAGACAAAAGAGAAUCUCGGCUGUCACCCGGGAGCCUCCCAAAGGGCCCGCGGCCUGGUGCCAGCGGCCUAGAUCAAAUGGCCCGCGCCGCCCGGUUCCGGCCCGCGCCGCGGCACGCUCUCGCGCAGGCGCCACCGCGCCGCCCCUCCCCCACAGGCCCCGCCCACAGGGCCAACGGCCGCGCCGGCCUCGCCCUCGCGCAGGCCCAGGUGGCGGGGGCGCGCGCCGGCCCAGGUGACUCCCGGCCGGCCCCGCCUCCGGGCGGGAGAAACCAUCUCCUGAAGCGGGGGGAGGGGCGGGGCUCGCGGCCUUACACACCGGAAGAGGAAGUCUGAGCACCGGAUGUGUCGGGCAUUCUGGGUAAUUCGCUGUUUACUUCCCGUGAGCGAGGGGUCUGUGGCACAGUCGCUCGUUGUUCUUCCAUCGGAGAGGAUGGCUCUGGAGACGGUGCCGAAGGACCUGCGGCAUCUGCGGGCCUGUCUGCUGUGUUCGCUGGUCAAGACUAUAGACCAGUUUGAAUAUGACGGUUGUGACAAUUGUGAUGCAUACCUUCAAAUGAAGGGUAACCGAGAAAUGGUAUAUGAUUGCACCAGCUCUUCCUUUGAUGGAAUCAUUGCGAUGAUGAGUCCAGAGGACAGCUGGGUCUCCAAGUGGCAGCGAGUCAGUAACUUUAAGCCGGGUGUAUAUGCGGUGUCAGUCACUGGUCGCCUGCCCCAAGGAAUCGUGCGGGAGCUGAAAAGUCGGGGAGUGGCCUACAAAUCCAGAGACACAGCUAUAAAGACGUAGCAAGAUGCAUGGCUGCCAGUAUCUUUGCUCCCCAUCUCCUGCCUCUCCUUAUUUUUUGUUGUGGAACUAAAUAAGCAGAGCUUCAAAUACUUCCCACUCUCCAGUUCUGAGACUCAGCGGACCGUUGAGAGAGCAGUACAGCAUGUCCCUGGGCCAUUUUACCUUCUUUGGACUACUGGUGGGGGUGGGAGGGGUUUGGAUUGGUGGAUUAACAGAGACUGAAUUGGUUGGGGUGUAGGAUGCUGGUUUUCCUACCCACAGCCCAGGGCUGUGCCCUUGUGCAUGGGCAGGAGUCUGGGUCAAAUGCCAAUAAACAUGAACCCCUGAAAAGGUUCUUAAGCCCACGA